AUGCGCUUAUGCCGAGAGUUACUGGUACUAGCGACGCUGCUCCUGCACACGAGGGAGGGAGGAGGGAUCAGAGAAGCCUCGCCGGCGUCCGAUGCCAAGAGUCAGCAGCGACCAGCCGAAGAUGCGCUCGAGCAUGUUUCUAUGGUGGCGCAGGAGGCUUACAACCGGUGGAUCAAGACGAGGAAUCGCGACGACAUGCUGGUUGCCAUCAGGCACCAGGAGGAAGCGGUCAAGCUUGCUCCCAGCUCAUGGCAAUUUCAUUACACUCUAGCAAACAUGCACUACAGCAUCGCCAACGAGAAGGUGGCUGAACAGCAUGCACGAAAGGCCGCGAAGCUCCAGACAGGCAGCUUGCAAGAGAAGCUGCUCGGGCGCAUUCUUGUGCAGAGGGGCAAGAUUCACGAAGGGAUUCCGCACCUCCAAAGAGCGUUAGAGCUUCAGCAAGAUGAUGCAGAAGGAUGGUACAAGCUGGGAGGAGCGCUCUUCGAAGUCGGGGACCUUGUAUCCGCGUCACGCUGCUUCUUCACUGCGGGGGCCCUGUCGAACGUGUCCUUAUGGUGGCUGAGCGCGGCACAUACCAUGGCGAAACUCAAAGAUCCCAGAUGCUUCUCCUUGUACAUGGCAUCGAUCCGGUCAGAUCCUCGGAACUUGGAUGCCUGGAAGGAUUUUUCCUUCACCCUGUCCAACUCGCAUCGUGCCAAAGACGCCGAGUGGGCUUCGAGGAAAACUUUAGAGAUUGAGGAAUCGGGGGACAACUACUUCAGUCUAGGGAACAGCCUUCUUUCGCAGAAGAGGUACGCCGAGGCCAGGCAGGUGUACCAGAAGGGGGCGCGGAUGGAUCCGCUCAACUCUGGGAUGCUGCACAACCUCGGGUUUUCUUCUCACCUGAGCGGAGAGCCUUUCGUUGCUAUCAAUGCUUCUCUGCAAACUUGCAAACUCUACCUGAACGAUGGUGAAAGAGGCGAUCUGACAAGUCACACCCGUCGACAGGGUCCCAUGUAUGUGACAGGUCUGGCAAACGCGCUAAGAAGGGCCCAAGAGAUUGACCUGUCUGUUGAUGUCCUUCGGUCCUUGCGGCAACCAAAGCCAGAUGUGAAUGACAAGCAAGUGAUCAAUGACAACAUCAGGGUUGACGACUUGGAGUUAAAAUCGACGAUUCAGAGGGUACAAAAACGUCUGAAGCGAAUACGACAGAGGCUCUCGAAGAAACAAGAGGAAGAUGCCUUCUUAUCGCAGUACACAGGAGAAAGCCAUGUAUCGAUGGAUCCUCCUGCUGGCAAACAAUCUCUCGUACCAAGAGCAGUGAUUAUCUACCUGAUUGGGAAGAAGAUAGAACACUUCCUUGACCUCCUCGACUCGCUUCACUCGCUCAAGAUCAACUUUCUUGACCAAAACCCAUACCCGAUCAUUCUCUUCCAUGAGGGUUUAAAUCAGACCCAGAUGGAGGCAGUUCUGAAGCAUUAUGACGAUGUGUGGAGUUUCCAUGCUCUCGUGAUUGUAAUCUCAUCCUUCUUCUCCCAAGGUCCCGAAGAUCAUCGGCACAUGUGCCGGUUCUACUCGGGAGCCAUGUUCAACUAUCCCCUGCUCGAGCCCUACGAGUGGUUCUUGAGGCUAGACUCGGACUCGUUCAUUCUUGGGAGAAUCAGGCGAGUCCUGCAGCUUCUGCGAUGUGAUGUGUAUGAUGACGAGGAUCCUGCAGGGAGGACCCCUUCAAGGGAGGACGAGUACCUGACCACUGGCCUCUGGAAUGCAAGUCAGGAGUACAUGAGGGAGAGGAACAUCUUUCCAGAGGAUACAGCGCUUGACCGAUACCUUGAGGAAGGCGUGUGGGAUCGAUCCUACUUUUACACCAACUUUGAGAUUGGGCAUCUGCCAUUCUUUCGAUCUGAAAAGUAUCAAUCAUUCUACGCUAGUCUCGACCGGAAGGGAGGAUUCUACUAUUACCGCUGGGGAGAUGCUCCAAUCCGUCUGUUAGGAGUGACAAUGCACGCCAAGGAGACUAUGAUCCGAAGGUUUCACGAGAUUCCAUACUCCCACAAGGUGUACGUGAUCCUGCCAUGA